AUGAGUGUCGAAAGUGUUUCGGACGCUUCCGACUCUGAUAUUGAUUUUACGAAGUCCCACGGAGGGGGGCUCUACAAAACUAUGUCCGAAGAAGAAGAUAUCGAAAGCUAUCGCAUGGCAGACGAGAAUGAAGAAGAUUAUGAAAAAAUUAAAACAGAUUAUGAGCAUCGAAUACAUUCAAAUCCAUUUCAAGCGUUUGAUAAAGAGCUAUUACCAAAAUCCUGUUAUACUGAUAUAAAUCAAAUGGUUCCUGAAGGUGUUCAUAUUCAUCUUAACACUUUAACUCGAUUAAUUCCAGGCAAGCCUCAAAACAGAAAGUUCAUUCACACUUGGGAAGAUCUAAGCGUGGUAAAUACAGUCGAAGCUGUGCGAACUUUGCAAGGAUUUUUCCCAUCACAAUAUUUUAAACAUGCAAAAUGGAGUACACAGACUUCUCGGUCCCAGGUUGAGCUUAACUUCAGUUCGCCCAUUAGGCAUAUAUGUUUGCAGAACGGAAAUAGCCUAAGAAUUUUCCAUUAUAUUGGUCUUGGAUUUCCACCACCUGAAAAUGGAAAAAUCUGUAUCAAAGACAAUGGGUUUUCCCCUGAUGAUUGGAAAUCCAUGCAAGAAAUACGUCAAUAUAUACCAACUCACAUUCAUUUUAUUUUUGAUUGCGACAAAGCUGCUUCUUUGCAGGAAGCAUUGAUUACAAAGAAUAGCAAAUACGAAAAAACAUACCACACGCAGAAUAUAAGCGCUAUGUUCGCUUGUGGAGCUACAGAUUAUUUACACAUACCGGAAACAUUACCACAAGAUAUAUUUACAUGCAUAUUACUCGAUCCAGAACGCUCUAUCCGUUCCCUCAUGAAAAUUAACGAUAACGUUAGCGAUGCAACUUUAAAAUCAUUAAUAAGUAUUUUUACGGAAGCAAUUGCAAGAGAUUCUCUCGAUACAUCGACAUUCAUGACAUACUUUAUAGAACCUCCCCUUUUAAGUGCAUUAUGGAAGAAUUUUAUCUUAUCUCAAAGAUUAAUGAAACAAUUCGGAAUAACUGUGCAUUCGAUUCCAAAAAUACCUGAUUGCUCGGAACACCAUCUCUGGCAACAGUUCGAAUACGCGUUAAGAUGCAAACCUGACUGUCAAUUAUCAACAAUAACAGAUUUACACAGAUCUCAAUUCCUAACAGUAGAAAAAACAUCGAAAACAAUCAGAGCGUUUAUUUCUACACUUAUAAAGAACGAUGAUUUAUACGAAACGAUUAUUGUUGAUAUCGCCAAAUUUAUGAAGCGUUCUCCGGCCAUGUGCUCAAAGAUGGCACUGUAUUUAGAGUCUAAAUACAUUGCCCAACACUAUAUUACUCAAGAAAGAUCAAUAAAUGGUUCUAGAGCUUGGAACGUCGUAAUUAGUGGUAUUCUUCUUGCAGAACCUGGUAACACUAAGCCUAUUGCAAACAGUCUUGAAGCUACAAAGGUCAUGGAGUUGAUAAAAAGCCCAGAAACUGAUGAUAUCUGUAAAAGAUAUUUAAUUUCAUCGGUUGUAGUGCUCGGAGAUGGCCAAACGCAUUUUAUUGGCCUUUUAGGUACUGAUUGUAAUGUCCACAUGUACUUUCCAUGCAUACUUAACAUUGAUACAUCACCUGAAACGAGAUUACUCUAUUGUACAUUGGUCCAAGCAAUUCUCGCUCGUUCCCAAGCCAAACCUACAGAGAGUGGAAAGGCAGGAAUCCACAGACUCGGCCAACUUUUGCUUCAGGAAGAAUCCGCUCUAUUCAGAGCUGUCGGAGUUUGCAUUUUGGCAUCAUUAAUGUAUCACAAUGCCACAGGAUUUAACGCUGACCUCCUCAAGCUUGCUCUUCCUGCAGUUUUGGACGGAUCAUAUCGGGUCAGAUUGCCUUUGAUAGCAAUGAUCCACAGAUACAUCGAACUUGGUGGAACAGUCGGCGGAAGCGGUACAGCAGACGUCUCAAAAAUACUUAACGGCGAAGUUGACGAUGCAGCCGAAUAUCUUAGCGACAUUGUAUCAUUUUUGAUCCAUGAUCCAUACGAUGAUGCUAGAGCAAAAGCUUUGGAUCUUCAAACAGCAACUAAAAACGAAGAAUCAAUUGGAGAUGAAAAAUUAAGGGAAGAAGUGGCCACGUUACAGCAAACCGUUCACUGCAGUUUGUUUAGUGAAGGAUACGAGAAGAAAGGAAAGACAAUAAUAAGGUAUACCGAUGAUAUCGUUUGUGGAGGAAAUUUGGAGCUUCUUGAGACACUUCCUAGCUUCGGAGGAGGUGCCAUCACUGCUUUAAACUUUUCCUUGGACCACGAUGGUAUUAUUUGUGGAUCUGCCGGUGGAAAUGUUGUAUGGGGGGAAAAUUCAUGGCGUCCAGCGCCAUCCGCCAUUACAGAUAGCGUCCACAUAGGUGGAAAUGUCAUUGCUGUAUGUUCUUCACCAGGAAUUGUCACUAUUCUUAAGCGUGGACAUGGAAAACCAGUUGAUUGUUUCCAAGCCGGCAUGGAAGGUGACAGAGGAGCCAGGACACAAAUUUUCACAUCCAAAACAAAUCCUUCUGAUGCAUUUAUAAGCACAGGAGCCACAGAAGUCGUAUGA